AUGUGCCCCCAAAGACGUCCCCCCGGGGCCCCGGCGUCCGGCGAGGGGCGGCGCCGGGUCCGGGAGAGCGACGGGAGCCGCCUGAGCACGGACCUGGGGGGCGGCAGCCUGGCCAUCGACACGCUGCCCCCCAACGGCACCCGCGUCGUGGUGGCGCCGCUCAUGGCCAACUUCAACCCCAGCUACUCGCGCAACUCCACCGUGCAGUACUGGGACAACGGGACGGUUUUCGUGGUGCAGUGGGACAAGGUCUAUCUGCAGGGCAAGGAGGACGUGGGCAGCUUCACCUUCCAGGCCGCCCUGCACCGCACCGGGAGGAUCGUGUUCGGUUACAAGGAGAUCCCCGUGCCGGUGCUGCGGAUCAGCGCCACGCAGCACCCCGUCAAGGCCGGCCUCUCCGACGCCUUCAUGAUCCUCAACCCGGCUCCCGACGUGCCCGAGUCGCGCCGCCGGACCAUCUACGAGUACCACCGCGUGGAGCUGGACACCAGCAAGAUCAGCAGCCUGGCGGCCGUGGAGUUCACCCCCCUGCCCACCUGUCUGCAGCACCAGAGCUGCGAAACGUGCGAGAGCUCCGAGCUGACCUUCAACUGCAGCUGGUGCCACGUCCUGCAGAGAUGUUCCAGUGGGUUUGACCGGUACCGUGAGGAGUGGCUGUCCUACGGCUGUGGCCAGAGGUCGGAUGAGAAGACGUGUGAGGAUUUAGCAGAAGAUGACCGCUACUCGGCACCGCCUGACAGCUCUUUCUCGCCGUUCAGCGAGGAUGUCACCACCUCCACGUCCUCGCUUUUCAUCAGCAGCCUCACCACAGAAGAUGAUACAAAGCUCAAUCAGUAUGCAGGAGGUGAUGGUACGGGAAGCAGCCUUCCCUCAAAGAAGGCAGGAACCCCCAUCCACACAGGUACUAUUGUGGGGAUCGUGCUGGCCGUGUUGCUCAUUGCCGCUAUUAUCCUUGCUGGAAUUUAUAUCAACAGCCAUCCCACGUCAAAUGCUGCCCUGUUCUUCAUUGAGCGAAGGCCACAUCACUGGCCUGCCAUGAAAUUCCGAAAUCAUACCAACCAUGCAACGUACUCCGAGGUGGAGGCCGGCAGCCACGAGAAGGAGGGCUUCGUGGAGGCCGAACAGUGCUGAGCGCCUCCUCCCUGCGUCCUUAAUGUCCCACGUCCCAAGCGUUGGAGUCUUCUGCUGUUCUAUUGCAAAGUCUUUCCCCCGUUGGAAAAGAAACAGCAACUAGAAGAAAAAGACCCACCGGAGCAUUGAAAAGAAUGAGUCGGGGCAAUGCGAGGAUGUCACUUGCCUGGAUUCCUCAGGAGACAGCAGAGCCUGAAGCAAAGGCAGCGAGUUGCGACAUCGGAUUCUGCCUGGAAUCUAGCACCAAAGCACUG